AUGAAAGUUUAUGUUCAUUUAAAAUUCGCACAUUCAGAAUAAGAAUAUUAAACAUAUUUACAUGAAAUACCCUAAGAUAAAUUAGAUAAUGAUUAUACAUUAAAUAAUUUUAUUUAAGAUGCUGCCAAAACUAGAACUGAUAUAAAUUUAUAAUAUGCUUAACUUUUAACUAACGAAAGUGCAAAACCAAUAAAAAAUUUAAAUAUGCUUUUUAGUAACUUUUUUGAUUAAAAAAGUGAUGUAUAUAUAAUUUGUGAUUAGCCAUAACCUAUUGCAGUUGGACGAGUUGAUGAAAAAAAAAUAUAUUAUGAAACAAUUAAGAAUUUUACUUUUUAUGAAUCAGGAGAAUGGAGUGUUAAAGUAUUAUUAGAUUUUCCAAAAAUACAUUAACAUAACGCAAAAAAAAUAUCUUGCAGAUUUUUAGAAACAAGCUUUGAAUUAAAAGUGCAUGAAUUUAAUGGAAAAAAUUAUUAGUUUUCUGCUCCAAGAACUAUGUAUAGUCUUGAUCCUGAAAAAUCUAAAAUCUAAAUAAAGGAAAAUUAAAUAGUAAUUUUAAUCAGAAAAGCAAAAAAAGAAGAUUCUUGGUUUACUUUGUUUAAAGUAAAAUGUAUUGGAGAAUGAGAUACAAAUUAAAAAUAUAAUUUUUUUAAUUAAUUAUUAUAUAAUUUUACUAAAAAAUUUUUUAUAAAAUAUAUAAAAAUAAAAGCUUAUCCAUUUAUCAAAACUAUUAAAAAUAGUUUAAUUUGUAUAUUUAUAAGAAAAAAAAAUAUUAUCAAAAAUUUAAAAAGUU